CUUUCCCUGUAACCAUUAUCAACAACAAAAUAAAAAAGUUUGCUCGGACGAUGGAAAGCGGUUUCUCCUUGGCACAGAGAGAAGAAGGAAAUUACAAAAAUGAGAAAUCUGCAGGGAUGAUGAUGAAGAAAGUGAGCUACAUGGCUGCUCCAAUGGUGGCAGUUUCUGUUUCUACGUAUCUCCUUCAAGUUAUCUCCAUGGUUAUGGUCGGUCACUUAGACGAGCUCUCUCUCUCCAGCGUCGCCAUCGCCACUUCUCUUACCAACGUCACUGGCUUCAGCCUCCUCGUUGGGUUUUCAGGUGCGUUAGAGACAUUGUGUGGUCAAGCUUUUGGAGCAGAGCAAUACAGAAAGAUUGGUUCAUACACUUACAGCUCAAUGAUAUGUCUUGUCUUGAUUUGUUUCCCAAUCUCUCUUCUUUGGGUUAACAUGGACAAACUCUUCGAGCUUUUCCACCAAGAUCCUUUCAUCUCUGAGUUAGCUUGUAGAUACUCCAUCUGGCUCAUACCGGCUUUAUUCGGAUGCGCUCUUCUUCAGCCUAUGACUCGCUAUUUCCAGUCACAAGGAUUGGUUCUUCCUCUCUUCUUGAGCUCUUUUGGAGCUCUCUGUUUCCACAUUCCCUUUUGUUGGCUUCUUAUCUAUAAACUUAGAUAUGGAAUCGUUGGUGCCGCUUUGUCCAUCGGUGUUUCGCUUUGGUUAAACGUAGCUGUGCUUUGGGUUUUUAUGAGAGACUCUGCUCUGUAUCGUGAAACUAGGAAUCUUGAGCUGCAAGAAAUCUUCUCGAGCAUGAAGCAGUUCAUCUCUCUAGCGAUUCCCUCUGCAAUGAUGAUUUGCCUAGAAUGGUGGUCAUUUGAGCUUCUGCUACUAUUGUCUGGACUCUUACCCAACUCAAAACUCGAAACAUCGGUGAUGUCCAUAUGCCUCACAACUUCUGGUCUGCAUUACGUUUUAGUGGAUGCAAUAGGUGCAGCCGCAAGCACACAUGUCUCAAACGAGCUAGGAGCUGGAAACCCAAAGGCAGCUCGAGCAGCGGCCAAUGCUGCACUUUACCUUGGCGCUUUCGAUGCUUCCUUUGUAUGCAUCACUCUUUACAGUUAUCGAAAAACUUGGGCGUAUAUCUUUAGCAAUGAGGUAGAAGUCGCUCACUAUGCAACAAAACUCACACCGAUUCUCUGCCUAUCAAUCUUUAUCUGCAGCUCUACGGCCGUGCUCUCAGGGAUUGCGAGAGGAGCAGGGUGGCAACGUAUAGCAGGAUAUGCAAGCAUAGGAUCAUAUUAUCUGGUUGGUAUACCUGUGGGUUCAGUCUUAUGUUUUGUUGCGAAAUUGAGAGGGAGAGGACUUUGGAUUGGUAUAUUGUUAGGCUGCUUUUCUCAAACGAUGGUUCUUGCUCUUGUCACUUUUUUCACCAAUUGGGAGCAAGAGGCAACGAAGGCGAGGGAUAGAGUAUUGGAGAUGACACCUAAAGGAAACCAAGAAACAGAAAUCAUAAAAGAGGAUGCGCAAGUUCUACUAAGCAAUAUUUCAGAAAAUGUGUAACCCCAUGUCCAUAUGUUUCUGAUUUACACAAGCGUCUGUGUUUCUAGUUCACAUAAGCAUGUGUUUAUGAAUCAAAUAAGAAUAAGGCUUCAGGCAACAAAUUAAAUACGAUAAAGAGAGAGAGAGAGAGAGAGAGAGAGAGUCAGUAGAAACCCUAGCCCGCCGCGUUUCUCCGGCGGCGUUGUCGCUGUGUCGUCGCCGGAGAGUCACCCUUUACCUUCUUUUUUCUCCUUUUUCUUUUGCCUUCGUUAACGUCCCUUCCCCUCAGCGAGAUGCGUGUGAACUCUGGCUUCUUCGGCUCUUCAGAUCUCAGAUCUGGCCGUGUAGUGCGGUUUCCGAGUUUCUGGAGUCACAGCGAGUUGAGUCAGGAAGGUGUCGUUAUCGGAGGUCGGCUUUUAGGGUUGGAUUUUGGAUGGAGCUAUUUUCCCCUUGUCGCUCCGUGUACCUCCGUAGAUGUCUAAUCUGUGCCGUCGUCGCUCUCCUCCGAGCUUCAGUGUUCUUUCGCAGGCGUUAGUGGAUGAGCUCCGGUUGGAUUCGACAUCUGAACCCGUCUUUUCUUCAUUCCGGAAGAACUGAAACUCAUGCUCUUGGAGAUGUUGUUUCGCUCUGUUCCGGCGGCUCGGUUUUGGAGUCAAGACUAGGAACUCGUGAUGGAAGGUCUUGUGUGGCAGUUUACGCACCAGUUUGGUGGGGAACCCGUUUCUGUGUUUGAAAAGAAAUCUGCAACUAAGGUAUCUUCUCAUUAUGUGGUUCUUUUGGCUUGGAAUCCAUAUAAUAAGGCUGGAGUACGACUGAUAUCUGGACGGGACUUGAGGGUGAAGUAUGCGCCUUGGCGUUGAGUUGGUAUGAUCCAAGUUCUGAAUGUCAAUUAAGUGGUGAUCUCCAGCAAGGUCUUAGUUUGGAAUUCAUCUGUUAAGUUUAGUUUUCAGUUUUAGUCAAUGCUCGUGUAAUUAGUGGUUUAAGGGACAGUUCAUUUUCACCAUUUUGGUAAAGUGAAUUUGUUUCCAUGGUGGUCAAAGUGAUAGGUAGUUAGAUGAGGCAAUGUAGGAUCCAAAUAAGUGAUCUUAGAUGAUGCUACAUCUACUUCCAUAUAUCACAUUGUGGUUAAAGCCUCUUGAGGCAUUGUGGUCACAAUUGUUUGUAUCAAAACAUUUGGCUAAUGAUAAGUUGAUGUUGAGUUAAAAAAAAAAAAAAAAGAAUAAGGCUUCAAAUGUUUCCAAGCACACAACAGUUAAUAGUAAAAAAAUCUCUACAUAUAUCUAUGUAUCUAUAUAUUUUUGUUAUUAUUAGUACCACAUUGCAGUUGUUCUGCAAUUGUCCACAUUUUAUCAUUCGGAGCCUAUGUUUUUUGAAUUGACUAUUGACAAGAGUUGAACAAUGAACUGGAAUCUGGAACAAUAAAAUACUAUUAGACAACAAAUAUAUAGCAAACUGAAAUCAUAUUAUUCUGCUCAUAAAUGAUUUUCAUUUUGAUUACAUCGAAUCUUCCUUAUACGUACAUGUUCUAGACAACUAUAUAUUAUUUAUCGAGAGAAAGACAACAUUGACAUGGGGAAAUCCGAUGCCAUCUUCAAAAAUAGCCAAACUCAUUGACAGAAAUAUGACAAAUUGGCUUAUUUCACCUCGAGCAGCUGGAAGGUCGCAAAUACGAUAAGGGGUUGUGUGCGGUUCUCUUGUCAACCACCUGAUCUCAUGAGUCAUGACAACAUCAUCCAAAUCCAACCUUUCAUUUUUGGUUUUAAUUCUGUAUUCGUUGUAUUAUGUUUUUUUCUCCAAAAAAAAUAAGUUUUCUUUCAGCUAUAUGAUGAAGAUAUUGUAAUUCGGCCACCCCAGUUUCCAUCUUUCUUUUUAGAGUUUACCACUCUUAAUUUCUCAAAAAAUUGAAUCUAAACCGUCAAAAUCGAAAGUCGUCACACUAGUAGUUUACAGAAUCUCCAUGAAACAAGAAUAAACU